AUGGGUCGCAAGCAAACCGAUCCAGCACUCAGUCGUUACGGACUUCUGGUUCUUUUCUUGAUGGGUACAAUUUCCUGUUGCAUGGUCUACCUUUGUUUCUCUGCCCUGUUUAGACCACGUAAUGGUAAUACAGAGCUUUUGGUUUCCAAAGUUAGUGAUGAUUUGAAGAGUGAAGAUGGAGAUGGAGAUGGAGAUUGUUGUAGAGGAAUUGAGCAUUUGGAGCUAUGGGGUGAUGCUGUUAAAUGGGGCUCUGAUUUUAAAGUCAAUUCUUCUAAAAAUUGUUGCUUGGCUUGUAAAGGAAUGUGUAGUGGUGAUAAUGGGCCUUGUUUGUGUGAUUCUUGGGUGUUUUGCGGAGACAAACAGGCUUGUGGUGAUCAAUUUGGUGAGUGUUGGCUGAAGAAACAGAAGGAUGCCUUGGAGCCUGAUCGGCGAGACUCAGGUGAUCAUGUUAUGUGGACUUCUGGACUUGUUUUUGGGAGAGGAGAGGGCAUUGUUGGAUUGGAAACGGAAUAUGGGACCAUUCAUGUAAAACUGUUACCUGAUUGUGCCCCACAUUCUAUUUCCUACAUUCUUGAGUUGUUGGCUUCACGCCAUUGUGUGGGUUGCCACUUUUACCGUGCAGAAAGCCGGGGAAAGUCCUGGGAUUCGGAAGGAAAUCAUAUUGAACAUGCGCCAUAUGGCCCUCCGUUUGCACUAAUUCAAGGAACUCUUGGAGCCUAUGGGACAGUAUUUAAGGAUAUUGCAACAGAGGCUUGCCCUACUAUUAGAAGAGGUUCGGUGGCAUGGGUUGAUUCUGGCCCAGAAUUCUUCAUCAGCCUAGCUAGCCACAACGAGUGGAAUAAGGCAUAUACGGUGUUUGGUUUCGUUCUUCCUGAAGAUAUGGAAAUCGUAGAGAGAAUUGCACAGCUUCCAACCGAACCAGAGGUGUGGAGUAAUAUUAAUGUUGCUGUCUUGGGAAAUCCUGUUCCAUUACAUGUCCGAAGAAUCAAGAGAAGUGGUGGAAACCUAAAUUAA